AAAAAAAAAAAAAAAAAACCCCUUAUCCAAAAUCAUUCCCUCCAUUCUGCUCUCUGCUUUGUCUCCAUCUUCAACAAAUCCUUCAAUCAAGAACCAAAUCAAGAAAAUUAAAAACCCUAGUUCUUGAAAAAAAAAUAAAAAAUGGCCCUCUCUUCAAUCUCCUUACUACCCUUGAAAUCCAUCAAUGGCGGAAUUUCUUCCUCAUCUCUCCACACCCCUUCAAAAGAAUCAAAACCCUUGUCCAUUUCUUGCCAAUUCGAAACCCACAACAGCAGAAAUCAAACAGAAUCCAAGAAGUGGAUAAAGCUUGUUUCAACUUCACUAGCAGCAGCUGUAAUUGCCUUCAGCUCUGUCAACGUACCCGCCAUGGCCGAGCUUAACAAGUUCGAAGCAGAAACCAGAGGCGAAUUCGGAAUCGGAUCCGCCGCUCAAUUUGGUUCUGCUGAUCUCAAGAAAGCAGUUCAUGUGAAUGAAAAUUUCAGAAGAGCGAAUUUCACGUCUGCCGAUAUGAGGGAAUCGAAUUUCAGCGGCUCGACUUUCAACGGUGCUUAUCUUGAGAAAGCUGUUGCAUACAAAGCCAAUUUCACAGGUGCGGAUUUCAGCGACACUCUAAUGGACCGCAUGGUUCUAAAUGAAGCUAAUCUGACGAAUGCGGUGCUAGUUAGAUCGGUGUUGACACGUAGUGAUCUCGGGGGUGCUAUAAUUGAAGGUGCCGAUUUUAGCGAUGCUGUUUUAGACCUUCUUCAGAAACAGGCACUUUGCAAGUACGCAAACGGCACAAAUCCGAUAACGGGAGUGAGUACGAGAAAAAGCCUAGGUUGUGGGAAUAGCAGAAGAAAUGCAUACGGAUCGCCUUCUUCCCCUUUGCUAAGUUCACCGCCACAGAAACUCCUCGAUCGAGAUGGUUUUUGCGAUCCCGCCACCGGUCUCUGUGAAGCUAGCUAGCUAGCUGAAUUCAUUGUUCAUGUUUGAGUGUGCUUCACAAUAAGAACUGUGUUUUUUUUUUUUUUUUGGAAUUGCUAAAAAAUGUACAAUUAUUUUGACAUUGAAAGUGUGUAUAAAAGAAGACAUCAAGAAUGUAAAUUUUAAUUUCACUUCUAAAUGUAUCAAAACCUUUUGUUUAUUG